AGGAGCAGCAGGAGAGCACACACACACACACACACACACACACACACACAAAGACACAAACACACGAACACAUGCUCGGCCGCCGCAUCCUGCGAGUUGAAACAAAAGAAACUUUGUGCCAAUCGCUGAAAAGGAUGGUAAAGAAAUGACCGAGGGACUUUGAAGGCAUCACUGUCUGUCUGGAAAGGCAAGACGAGUGUUGGACUAUGAGCGAAUUCUUCGCCUUUCCCAAGCAAAACAGACGUUUUUUCACAACUUUAUGUCUUUUCUGGACACCUUUGUAGAUGAGACUCUGCUGGUGCUGACUUUUUAUUCAUCGUUCAUCACACGAAAAGUUGAGGAGGAUGGCACCACUUCUCAUCUGCGGCUUUAUUCUUCUCAAAGUUGUCUUUGGUGACGCUUGCGCCAGUGGACAGUUCACCGAAUCCGGCGAGUGUUGCCGUGUGUGUCCUGCGGGCUUCGAAGUGGCGGUGGAGUGUGGAAAAGAUGAUACUAAAUGUACACCAUGCCCACAGGGAACUUUCUCCUCCUCUGAAGACCUCGGCCGUUGCCUCCCGUGCUCGCAGUGCCCGUACGGCGUCCCCACGUUGGCCACGUGCUCCGCCGUUGAGGACACGCAAUGCGAAUGCGACAGCGACUUUUUCUACUUCCGAGCCUACGGCCUGUGCGCGCCUUGUUCCAAAUGCAAGCGUGGCGAGGGGGCGGCGCAGGAGUGCGGCCCCAAGGGGGACACGCAGUGCCGGCUCUGCGUCCCGGGAACUUUCUCCGAAGAGCACGCUAACACCAAACCGUGCCAGACCUGCACCCAGUGCACGGACAGCGAGGUGGAGAUCCGGGCCUGCAUGCCCAACUCUGACACACUCUGCAUGGAUAAAAAGCUGCACAUUCUCUCCCGCGACACUCCGAGCUGGUCCGGUGUGGAGGAGGUGACAGCAGGCGGAGGAAGUCCUGCCCCGGGGACGCCCAAGUUCACCCCCCAGGGUGAGAAGGGCGGCAACAACAUCCUGGCCUACGUGUCGGUGCUGGCAGCGGUGGUUCUGGGCCUGCUCGUCUACGUCGCUUACAAGUGCUGGCGUUCGUGUAAACAGAAGCAGGCUCUGUCCAAGGCGCGGGCGGCCGAGCUGGGAGCGUCUCCGGAGGGAGAGAAGCUCCAAAGUGACAGCGGAGUUUUCCUCGACUCGCAGAGUCUGCAAGACAAUCAGCCCUGCAAAGGUACAAAGAGGGACAGCAAGCAGGACACCCGCCUAUACAUCAACCUGCCGCCCCACAGACAGGAAGAAGUGGAGCGUCUCCUGCAGGAAGGAGCGGGGCGUGGCUGGCGGCAGCUGGGCCAGGCGCUGGGGUACGAGGCCGAACAGCUGGACCUGUUUGGGCGCGGCGAGGCCCCCGCGCGCACGCUCCUCUCCAACUGGGCCCUGAAAGAAGGCUCCACUCUGGGACUGCUGUGCUCGGCGCUGGCUCGCAUCGAGAGGCCCGACGUGGUCUCGGCUCUCAACUGCCCCGCGCAGGGCGCCUCGGUGGUGUGACGCGGUCCCCGCCCACGACCCGCACAGGCAGGCCCACUCGCACCGCUAUGACAAUGGAGCACGGCAGUUGUUUUGCCUUCCUUGGACGCUUAUGAGUCUUUUUAACCAACAGAAAAAAUAGUGUUAUAGCCACAAAGUGAGAUUUUCAGUCUGGUGCUCUAUGAACUAUUUCCUUUUGUUAUCACCUAUAAUAAUGUCCACGAACCACACAGUGUGUCUACAAUCGGAACUGUCAAUGUGGACUAUUCAUUCAUUUAUAGUAUUCGAUUUUGUCAAAAUGGAAAUUUGUGUGAUAUUUAAUCAAUGCAGUACAUAAUAUUUGUAAUAAUCUGGGUGUCAAACUCAAGCCACAUCAUUUCCUGUGGCCCAUUGAAGGAAAUACAGUGUGUCGUGUCAUGUUUCUUGCUAAAUAGAUUUGUUCUUUCCAAAAAUCUGUACCAAAAUUGCAAUUAUUCAUUCACUUUAACCGGUUUUAGAAUCAUUUAUUUACACCAAACCCCUACUUAACAUAAACGGGACAAUAGUGGUAUUCUAAAAUAUUUGCGUGGCACUAUUUUCCAUGACUUAUAAUUUCUAAUUGAAUGUGUUGUUAAAAAUCUAUACAAUAUAAUAACAAAUGCAGGGACAAUUGUGUAUAUUUGAUAUGACAAUGAGAUUAUACAUUAUGUUUUUUUAAAGUCAUUACGACAGAGGGAAACCAUAAUUAUGAUAUGGCCCGUGACAAAAAGGAGCUAGACACCCCAAAUUGUUUUUUGUUUACAUACUGUACAUGCUAUUUCAACAACAACAACAACAAAAAGUGCCUUUCCUUGUUUUCUGCUCUCCUUGUGGUUUCUCAUGCAGAAAUCAACAUUUAAUUUGGAAGUAUGCAAAUUAGUCUUGGUAUUGCCUUUUUCUUUUUUUCUUUUCCUCAUCUAAUGUCUACACAGCCAUAGCCACAGGAGGCCGUUUGUUAAGUUAUACGUGGCCAGAAAGAAAGUCAUAGUCAAUGAUGAUUAGAAUUUCUCACAAAGGAGGCUGAUACGGUAUAACACGUGACAAUAGUUAAGGACUCCAAACUAGAAUGCAUGCAUAACGGAGAUAAUUGUUGACAUAAAACACUUAAAAUGUCCUUAUUUGUGUUUGAAAUGUUCUAUUGUUUUGUUCUGUUGGUAUUUCUUCAAUAAGAGCAAACAUGAAGAAUUUAGUGGAUGAUAGUGACACUGUUAUUUGGAGCUCUUCCUCGCUGUGAUUGUAAAUAUCUCAAAUGUUUUCCUCGCAGUAGCACACAGCGAGAUUCAGGUUAUCAAGACUGACGAAAGGGAUUUACAUGAAGACAGAACAUCUUCCCUUCUCGCGUUUUGUAUUUAUUUUACCACCAUUUUAAGUUGAAAUCCUCCCGCCUUCCUCCAACACGUCUGUGUGUGUGACACUAUGUGAUGACCGCAGAUGGUUUAGGUCAUGUAUGUUUUAUUUUUUUUUUUUUUUUUUAAAUUUCGAGGGGGAGGGGUUCAUAUUUCAUCUUAACUGUGUCCGUUUUGUCUCGUUCAAUGAAUAAAUCAUUUGUAAUAAAA